ACUUCUAAGCCGUUUUCACUAAGCCCUAACUCUUCUUGCUAUCGCUGCCCUUCUGCAAUCGCUACAAAAAUCCCUUCGACGGACAAAACGAUAGGUUACUUCUGCACCAGUAUUGCAUCCGCUGCGCCACGUCCGACCACGAUGCCGCUGCUCAAACUUCCCAACGAAUUACUUUUCCAAAUAAUUGAGAGUUUGAGCUCAACCCAAGACAUCCUCUCCUGUUGCCAGGUGAAUAGCCGCCUGAACUCUACCGCAAAGAAGCACCUCUAUCGUUACGACGUGCUACAAUGUAACAGCUUGGCGCUAUCAUGGGCAGCCGCUAAGGGGCAGGAAGAAACAGCAAUGGAAUGGCUAGAUGCGGUGAUAUCGCUAGGAGAACGAGCCUACAGUGGAACUCUAGUAGGCGCAAUUCUAAACGCGUGGCGAUUAGUCGCACAUCAUGGGCACGUCGAGGUGGCGCAGCUGCUGCUCGACACUGGCAAGGUGGAUAUCGACAGCAACGACUUAGACGGUCGGACGCCACUUUCGUGGGCCGCAGGGAAUGGGCACGUUGAAAUGGUGCAGCUGCUGCUCGACACCGCUAAGGUGGAUAUUGAUCGCAAGGACUCGUACGAUCAGACGCCAUUCUCAUUAGCCGUAGAGAAUGAGCACGUUGAGACGGUAAAGCUGCUGCUCGACACUGGCAAGGUGGACAUUGAAAGCAACGGUUGGAACGGUCGGACGCCAUUCUCGUUGGCCGCAGGUAAUGGGCAAGUUGAAAUGGUGCAGCUGCUGCUCGACACUGGCAAGGUGGAUAUCGACAGCAACGACUCAGACGGUCGGACGCCACUCUCGUGGGCCGCAGGGAAUAGGCAAGUUGAUAUAGUGGAGCUGCUGUUCGACACUGGCAAGGCCGUAGAGAAUGGGCACGUUGAGGUGGUGCAGCUGCUGCUCGACACUGGCAAGGUGGAUAUCGACAGCAACGACUUAGACGGUCGGACGCCACUUUCAUGGGCCACAGGGAAUGGGCACGUUGAAAUGGUGCAGCUGCUACUCGACACUGGCAAGGUGGAUAUCGACAGCAACGACUCAGACGGUCGGACGCCACUUUCGUGGGCCGCAGAAAACGGAAACAUUGAGGUAGUACAUAUGCUACUUGGCACUGACGAGGUGGAUAUCGACAGCAACGACUCAAACGGCCGGACACCGCUCUUGUGGGCUGCAAAGAAUAGGCACUUUGAGGUGAUGCGCCUGCUAAAUAUCGGCUCUGAGGAUAUCGAUAUCGACUCUGAUUGGCACUGAUGACAGUCGCACUACGAGGUCAAUCUAUUACACGCUCCAAACGUAUUUAGAAAAAAGAAAUAAGAUAAAGUAGUAGGAUUCGUCACUGAAAAUUCUUACCCCUCAUUAACAUAUAUAACGCCGCUAUAUGUUUGUAUCGUCGCCAGCGCCCACCAUCGCCAGCGUCUACCAGGCUGGCCUAUCGGCAUCGUUUAAUGAAUUCACAUCUACAAUAGCAUUGAUGAAGUUCUCUUCCUGUAGACGGAAGCAUCCGCUCUUUUCAAUGAUUUUUUUGGAUUCAGUUGACAUUUUCGGGGGACAGAUCGUGGUGCUUUUGUUGGGCCAAACUGUGAUCAAAGUCUAAUACUUUGAGCUGAAAUCUUGCAGGACCGCAAUAACUGCCAGCCUGAAUUUUCGCGAGCUCGUCGUCUGGGUUUGAAGCUUGGCGAUGGAUCGUUGUGGUCAUACGAGCCUUGUACGGUCUGAACUCAGACCCGAGACC